AGUAACUUUCUGCUCUUCAAGUUAUAAGGUCAUGCUGGGACUUGUAGUUCAAAACUGCAUGGCGAAUAGAAAUGCCUGUCUACCAAUGAGCUUGUCACUUACUGGCGAUAAUUUUGGUUCUUUACAUUGCACAGCUGCAGCUUUGUUAGUGUUUCAGUUCCGCACCGUUUUCAGGAUCUCUGCUUGCUGUCUAAUAGUUGUCAUGGUUACACACAAGUGACGACAGCAGCGACAGUGACGUAGCGGUGGUGAUGCCGCAGAGAGUGAAACGGCGGCGGAUCCUGCAGGGGAUCGUCCCCACCGCGGCUUCAGUCUACUCCAACAAGGUGAACAGUUGUCUGAAGCUGAUCCCGGAUAAUCUCAGCGCCAUGGCCCAGAUGGAGGAGGAGCUACAGAAGAAGCAGGGCUGCGAAGACCUGGAGACUGAUGUCCCCGUAGAGCCGCAGCCUGUACAGAGGGUCUACGACCUGUCUGACUCUGAAGACUUAGAGAAAGAGAAGACUACUCAGAGCGAAAGAAUACGGGACUCUUCUCCAUCUCCGCCCCCCACCCUAAAGACUCCAGCGAGGAAGAAGAGAAAGGGAAUGAACCGGAAAAUAAGGCAGAUGGAAGCGAGCCUCCAGGACCUGGGCUGCCUCCUGUCUCCGGUACAUAACACUGCCGGCGAUGACAAUGAUGUGAUAGUGUUGGGGAGUAGUCCGCCGCCAGAAUUGACCAUCAAAGUGCGCCGGAGGGGGAAAAUCUUCAGGAUCAACAUCCGUCCUACAGACCCGCUGCAGAAGUUGGUGGAGUCAGUGGCCUCGCGGCUGGAGGUGGCCUCUUCACAGAUCUUACUGCUUCGCGGGGACGAGGAACUGGACAUUAAGGAGACGCCACAAUCCCUGAACCUCAGUGUGGCUGACAUCAUAGAUUGUGUACUCCACUCCUCCAGGGAGCCGGGAUCUGAUCAGUCCGAGGGGAAGAUCUGUCUUAAAGUCCAGGGAAAGGACAAGGAGUCAAACCACAGCGUCACUAUUGGGAUGGAUGAGCCGCUCCAGUCCCUCAUGGAUCAGUAUCGAGCGGCCAUGGGCCUCUCCAGUAGGAUCUGCUUCAUGUUCGAAGGGAAGAAGCUGAAGGGCCGGAAUACACCCGCGGAGCUCGGCCUGGAGAGCGAUGACAUCAUAGAAGCCUGGGUGUGACAUCAUAGAAGCCUGGGUGUGACAUCAUAGAAGCCUGGGUGUGACAUCAUAGAAGCCUGGGUGUGACAUCAUAGAAGCCUGGGUGUGACAUCAGUAAAGUGUAGGUGUGAACAAGCCAGAGGGAGAUCAGCAAUACUUAAAAUAUAAUAAAAGACUGAAAAUGGAAAAUUGUGGCUGUAACGGUGAUGCCAGAUUCAAGAUGGCCGCUCUGCAGACUGGUUGUUGGAAUCUUCCACCCGGACCCAUUACCUCAUAAGAGCAGUUUCCGAAAUGUGUUUUAUAUUGGUUCUUCUACAGAUAAAUGGUGGGUGACCUGUAUCCCGAACCCCCUCCUGGACCCUCAGCGACUCCAAUCACCCUGAAGAAGUUGGAUUUUUACUUUGCUUUUAGAUCCCUCCUCAGCUCUAUAAGACAUUUUUGUGGGGUCACUAUUGCCAGUAUUGGGGGGUUCAGUCACAAACUGAGACCUCAGUUGUUUUUUUGCUACUUCACCUUGUGUUUUCUUAAAGAUUUUCAUGAUUGUUUAACAUUUUUUUGUAAGUAAUAAAGAGCCAGGUCUGGUGCUGGUCAAUGUUG